GCUCAGCAGCACAGCGCAUACACGUGGCCAAUUCUUCAACUUUCUAAACUAAUAACCAUAGCGAACGCAACGAACGCAGCGGCGACCAGAAAAGGCGGUAAAACUUUCAAAAAGGAAGGCGAAUAUAUAAAACUAAAAGGAGUAAAAUUGAUUUAACAACAAUAACUAGCAAAUCAAUUUAUAUUACAUAGCAACAGGAGAUCGUUCGUACGGCAGCAGCAAAGCUCCAGUCUAGUCUGUAUACAAGUUCCACUCACCUACACGCCCACUCUCCCUCUCUUUCUUUGUAUCUCUCUCAGUCCAUCGUGUCUCGUUCGCUUCAACAUUUGCACGCAAAUAAAGUGCAUUGAAUAGAUUGCAAUUUAGAAUUAGUCGUUGCAAGUUCGUGACUUGUUUUGCAUUAUAAUUGUGCAGUGGCGAAUAGCUCGCAGAAAACGAGCACCAACACAUUUGCGCGCACACACCACUAACAACUAUCGGCAUUCAUUGCACAUCGGUGUGGAGUAAGUCGGAGCGAUCGUAAGUGUUGAACAACAACAGCAACAUCAUCCACACCUUAACCACGCUGCCAUAAUCGGAUUAAUCACUACUACAACGUCGGUUGCAAUACAGCAACAAUACCGGCUAGAAUCAUUCGUGUGAUCGGUUAACGAUCGGCGCUGCAAUACAAAUUGCAUCGUUGCAUUCGAUUGCACUUUUCGUGUUCGUGUUGAGUGCACGCUCUCACCAUCUCAUUCUGCGCUUUUUAACGGAAACCGGCCCCAACAAGCAAGCCGGCAACCACCACUAUCUACACUACCACAUAUUCAAUUUUGAUCAUUUCAUUGUGAAUCGCAUACUUUGUGCGCGCCAAUUGCUUUUCGCUUUUAAACGAAGCUGUUCGGUUGCACUACAUUGCACGAUCGAUUGCAAGACGAGAAAGUGCAUCCGAUUCAACGAUUUUUUUACGGAUUUGAAUUUGACGUCGGUGGUAUUGGCCCAACGACGAAUCAGUCAGUCAGUUAGUGUGCAAAUAAGCAGCGAGAGAACGAAAACGCUGACGACGGCCGGCGCGAACGUAUUUGUUGCGAAUCAAAAUUUAGACAAAAAUAAUCACUCAUAAAAGGAAUAAUUGGCAUAAUUAUAAUAUAGCAUAGGAAUAACCAAGUAAAAGGAGGAAAUACAAAACGGAAAAUCUUUGGAUAAGCGACGACUGGAUAAUCAAAGUGGAAUACUACAAUUUUUUUCAACAGCCAAGUGCAACGACUUUCAUUCAUUGCAACCAACGAAGUUCAACGCUAGCAGUACAGCCGCAGCAUUAGCAGUCGGAAGAGCACCAGGAGCAGCAGCAGCAACAGCAGAAAUCUCAUUGCAUUCGUAUAACUUGACGAUCCGUGACGCGUUCCCUCGUACAAAUACCCAUUGUCGUUCCAGAUUCGCGUUUCGCUUCGUGUGAUCGCCGCGUGGCAACGUGCAGUUUACAUCUGCAAUCUACACGGUCAGAGUCAUCGAAAUUGGCAAAUCGACAAACUGAAAAAAUCAGCAUAUAAACGCAAACAAGAAAACGUGUUCAAAGUGCUUUGAAAUAGUGUUGAACUUCUGCAGAGUAUACUACGAGAAAAAAAUAAAAUUAAAAGUAAAAUUAAUUAAAGAAAUUUUAAUAAACAAAACCAAACUCGAAGAAAUCAAACAAUUUUUUUGUGGUGUUAAAAUUUAGCCGAAACAAAGUAAAAAAAGAAACAAAAAAACCACAACAAAGCAAAGAGAAAAAACCAUCAACGUGUUCUUUUAGUGAAAUUUUAUACAUUUGUUUGAAUAUUUUUGUGUGCAUUGCCCAUUUUGUUUUAGUUUUAUACUAUUUGUUGUUAAAUACUACAAUACAUCACAAAAAAUAUAUAUAUACACACACAUUCGACAUACUUAGAACAGUCAAACAGCGGUUAAAAAAAAUUUUUGGUGGUGUUUUUUCGUGCCUACACAUUAGCUCAUUAGGAUCAGCAGUGCAUAAGGAUUACAACAACAAGUCUGUCUACAUUUUCAUACGUGCAUUAAGGAUAUAGCAACACUAAAAAGUAAAAUGGCGGAAGGCAAUGGCGAACUGGUAGAUGACAUCAAUCAAAAAUCAGAAGAUCGCGGCGAUGGUGAAAGAACGGAAGAUUACCCAAAACUCUUGGAAUAUGGCUUAGAUAAAAAAGUUGCUGGUAAACUUGAUGAUAUUUACAAAACAGGUAAAUUAGCGCAUGUCGAAUUAGAUGAGCGCGCACUAGACGCGCUCAAAGAGUUUCCGGUUGAUGGUGCCUUGAAUGUAUUGAGUCAGUUCCUCGAAUCAAAUUUGGAACAUGUAUCAAAUAAGUCUGCGUAUUUGUGUGGUGUUAUGAAAACAUAUAGACAAAAGAGCCGUGCCAGCCAACAGGGAGUACCAACGCCAGCGACCGCAGUUCAAGUGAAGGGACCAGAUGAGGAGAAAAUCAAAAAAAUUCUCGAAAGAACUGGCUACUCCUUAGAUGUGACCACUGGUCAGCGCAAAUAUGGCGGACCACCACCUAAUUGGGAUGGUCCAACACCCGGCAAUGGCUGCGAAGUUUUCUGUGGGAAAAUUCCAAAAGAUAUGUUUGAGGAUGAGAUUAUACCGUUAUUCGAGGAGUGCGGUACAAUAUGGGACCUUAGACUAAUGAUGGAUCCGAUGACGGGUACAAAUCGUGGAUAUGCAUUUGUUACCUUCACGACGCGUGAAGCGGCUUCAAAUGCCGUACGACAGCUGAAUGAUUUUGAAAUUCGGAAAGGCAAAAAGAUUGGUGUUACGAUAUCAUUUAACAAUCACCGGCUUUUUGUCGGCAAUAUUCCUAAGAAUAGAGAUCGUGACGAAUUAAUUGAGGAAUUUACGAAACACGCACCUGGCCUUAUCGAAGUGAUCAUCUACAGUUCACCAGAUGACAAGAAGAAAAAUCGUGGAUUCUGCUUUCUCGAAUAUGAAUCACACAAAGCUGCCUCGUUAGCAAAACGAAGACUUGGCACUGGUAGAAUUAAGGUUUGGGGAUGUGAUAUCAUUGUCGACUGGGCUGAUCCGCAAGAGGAACCAGACGAGCAAACAAUGUCAAAGGUGAAGGUCUUGUACGUGAGAAAUCUGACACAAGAUGUUAGUGAGGAGAAAUUAAAGGAGCAAUUCGAGCAAUAUGGCAAAGUUGAGCGCGUUAAGAAAAUCAAAGACUAUGCAUUCGUGCAUUUUGAGGAUCGUGAUAGCGCCGUGAUUGCAAUGCGCGGCCUCAAUGGCAAAGAGAUCGGCGCUUCUAAUAUUGAGGUAUCGCUUGCCAAACCACCAUCAGACAAGAAGAAGAAGGAGGAAAUCCUACGUGCACGCGAACGCCGCAUGAUGCAAAUGAUGCAAGGACGUCCCGGGCUUGUCGGCUAUGAACAAUUAUCUCCAUACAGAAACUUGUCGCCUACACAUCCCAACAUGAUGUCUUUAACUGCGCCAAUGCGCCUGCCUGGUGGUCCACGAAUACCGCUGCGCGCACCAAUUCCACGCGAUUACGAAGAAAAAGUUGAAAGAAGCACGAAAAGAAUACCACAGCAAAAUUUUUCCCAAUUUAUAGAUUAUGAUUACGACUUUUAUGGUUAUUCGGAUUAUCGUGGCGGCUACAAUGAAUCCUAUUACGACGAAUUUUAUCACACCUAUGAUGGAGAGUACUUCUUUGAUUAUCCACCGAGCGGUGUAACACCAUUGCAAACUGGUGGAGCCGCUGGUGGACUGCAGAGAACAGCCAGAAACAAUGUGGGGGUUGGUCGUGGACGUGGAAUCACGGCCACGCGUGGCCGAGCCGUUGGGCUCCGUGGCAACAUCAACCGUCAGGGGGCCCCUCAAGCGGCGGCGGCGGUGGUGGCGGCGGCGGCGGUGGCAGUUCAGCGGGGGGCCACCGCUCAGGGGGCUCAGGCAGCAACCGGGGGGGUCCGUGGGGUGGGACAAAUGCGUCCCAGCGCUCGUGGCACCCAGCACGCCAAGCCGCUACAAAAUUUACCAGUAGUCGGUAAACGUAAAUUUGAUGGAGGUCACCAAAAUCCUGCAGAUAUUAAGCGACGUUACCCGAGCGGUCUAAUCGGAAAUGGCAGUUGGGGCAGUAUACCGUUACCACAACAACCACUGGGCACCAAUGGCGAGCAAUGGUACACAGAUACAUUUCCAACUUGGAGUUAAGCAACAAAAAUAACUACAACAACAAGAACAAUAAUAAUAACAACAGAAUACACAAAUUUUAAAACAUCAAACAACAAACACAACUACUACCACUGCAGUAACAACAAUAGCUGCAAUAAUAAGAGCGAUUACAUAGGAGAAAUCAACAAUAACAAGAACAACUUUAAAAGCAUUAACAACUAUACUCGUUUACAUACAUAUUACAACACUUGUUUGAGUGCAAAGUCAGUGUUAUGUAAGGGGAGGGAAAGCUAUUGGCUAUAAUGCAAAAGAAAAUCAUAUAGCAAUAACAACAAUAACAAAUACAACCACAACACUUUAUUUACUCAAUAAGCAUAAGAAGAAAAGAGAUAUAAAUAGAAAGACAACACCAACAUCAAAAUGAAACUGAAAAUUAGAAACAGCAAAAGCGUUAGAUAUUAAAAAUACAACUACUUAAUUGCAACAAUAAUACUAGUACUUGCAUACAAAGCACAGUUGACAUGGCGAUUUGUUUGCUUAAUGUUUUAUAAUCUCAAACAGACAUACGACCAUAUGUAUCCAUAUAGAAAUUUAUGAAAUUGGAAAAUUAUAAAAUGAUGUCCAAACUUGAAAAUCACAAUAGAAGUCAGUGUGAAAAAUUAUAAUAAUUAACAAUAUGAACGGGAUGUAGGUAUGCAUGUGCGUAUGUGCGUAUGUAAGUGCACGCAUGCAUAAAUACAUAAACCACAUAUAACGUAUAAUAUAUCGCAACUAUCUAAACUUUAUAGCAGUCCAAUAAAACCAAAACACACACAUACUUACAUACGUAUAUACAAGAAUGUAAACAGAACGAGUUUUUAAAGCAGCAAGAAAAAAAUAUGUAUAACGAAAUAUCAAUGAUUUUCCGUUGCGAAAGUUAGUAUACAAUUCAGAAAAUAAAAAAAAUAAAAACAAAAAUAAAAAAUAAAUAGUAGUGCUGUACUCAUUUGAAAAUUCACGUCCGUAAAUUUUGCAAAUAAAAAUAAAUUAUGUAAACAUGUAUGUAUGUAAUUGUAUACCUUUUAAACUAAAGUGUAGACAAAAUUCAGCCAAGUAAAAAUAUUAAAAUUAAAUGUAUGUAUGUAUUAAGUAGCAACAGCAUACAAUUUUAACUGGUUAAUUUCUGGAAGCUUACUUCGGUUUAUCUGGGCAUUUUAAAUUGCGUAUGUCAUAACUAUAAAAACAAGCUAAAUAUUAUAGUAAACUUUUAAGUACCACAAAACACAAACAAGAACAAAAAAAUGAGUGAAUUAAAAAUUGAAUUUUAAAAUGCAUUACUACUGCUCUACCAUGAAAACACACAACAAAUUAUAAUGAAAAAGAAAGAAGUAAGCAUUAAAAGUUACCAGAAAAAACAACUUAUGCCGGAAAAUCAUUGUGCAAAGAAAUGACUUAUGACGUAUAGCCUCCAUAGCAGACGUCAAACAAUAAUGAAGUGAAGGCAUACUUGCCUUCAUAUUAUCUAAUUGAUUAGUACUAUUUCGAUACGCAGUUUUUAUACACCAUUAUAUACAAAUGCAGACAAGAUUGAAAGUAAUAAUACAAAUAACUAAGUAAAAUGUUUGAUAGCGAAAACCUCUCACUCAAAUAUUGUAAAUAUGUUGCCGAGUAAUUUAAAAACCAACAAAUUCAUAUAUUCAAAUAUAAAGUAAUAAUACCAAAUUACAAAGAAUGCGAAUUGAUGUCAAAGAAAGAGGUAUAUUCACGAGUCUUCAGCGAAAACUUGCAAAAAAGUAGAAAAAAUAAAAAUAAAAAAUAAAUAAAUACUUUGAAAAUUCGAAAAGCUAAGCUUGGCGAAAAAAAUUGACUGAAAAUUGAAAAUUCUUAAAAGUUAUACAUAAAAAAAUUACGUACAUAUAUAAUGGAUAAAAAGCGUACUAAUGAGAAUGAAUUGAUACAUUUUUAAUUGCAAUUAAAUGAUGCAAUUUAACAAAAAUUAACGGAAUACGGUGUUUUUGUUCAAAAAGUGUGUGGUAACAUGUGAAGUUAUUAUAUAACGUCAACAUGUUGAAUGUA